CCAUUUAUUCCUUUGUCCCCAGGAGCAGUAUGCUGUGAUGAGGAGUACCGGCUGGUGCGCCACCUGAUGACGAAGUACGAUGCCUCUGUGAGGCCCGUGGAGAACUCCUCGCAGCCACUCCUCGUCACCUUCGGCGUGUCGCUGCAUCACAUUAUUGACGUUGAAGAAAAAGACCAACUUCUCACAACCAAUUGCUGGAUCACACAAAUCUGGACAGACUAUCACUUGAGAUGGAAUACCAGUGACUUCGACGGCAUUGGUGUCAUCAGAAUACCAUAUGAAAGAGUCUGGAGACCAGACAUCAUACUUUAUAACAAUGCGGACCCUAACUACAGAUCAGCGGUGAUCAACACAAAUGUCAUAGUCAAACAUACAGGAGAGGUGACGUGGUUAAGUCACGGCAUCUACGUGUCAGUAUGCGAUAUCAAUGUGGAGCAGUUCCCGUUUGAUGUCCAGCUGUGCACCAUGAAGUGGGCGUCCUGGACGUAUGAUGGGUUUCAGCUGGAUCUAAAGAAACAAUUCGACGAAGGUGACACGACAAAUUACCAAACUAAUGGUGAAUUUGAUCUGGUGAGCUUCGACGCGAUCCGCCACGACCAAUACUACUCCUGCUGUGUCGAACCAUACCCUGACAUCACAUACGUCAUCAAGUUAAGGAGAAGACCCAUGUUCUACGUGUUCAAUCUUAUACUACCGUGUCUACUUAUUAACGGCAUCGCGCUCCUCGUGUUUUACGUGCCGUCAGAGUCAGGUGAAAAGGUGACCCUGGGCAUAAGUGCUCUUCUAUCUAUGACCGUAUUCUUGAUGACUAUAAGAGAUACGCUGCCGCCUACUGAGAAAACGCCACUUAUAAGUCUGUAUUAUGGAGUUAGUACGUGCCUAGUUUCGUUUUCCGCAUCUCUUUCUGUUGUCACGCUCAACAUAUCUUACAGAGGAGUGAGAGGGCAGCCGGUGCCGGCGGUGCUGCGCGAGCUCGUGCUGCAGCGGCUCGCGCGCCUGCUCUUCAUCAACUUUGACACUGACGCACCAAAGGGUGACGGUGGUUCGUUGACGUCAGCCGCCGUGCAGGUGAACCCUCGCACUGGCUCCCGGCUCAAAGCGGAGGUGCGCUGCGACGGGGCGCCGCUCACGCCCGCCUCGCCGCGCUUUGCACGUCACAAUCACAAUCAUCUAGCAGGCUCAGGUACAAAUGUGGCGACAGUACCUGUAAGCGGUGGUGUAGCGAACUCAGGGGGCGGCGAGGCGGCUUGCGCGGGCGCGGCUUGCUCGCGCUGCGCGUGCUGCGGCUGCACGCUGCGCGAGGCCGCCGCCCGCCACGAGCAGCGGGUCGCCGCCAACGAACGCCUGGAACGCGCUAACUUGGAGUGGAAACAGGUCGCGGUGGUCGCUGAUCGGGCGCUGCUUGCGGUCUUCGUGCUCGUCACCACAAUAUCAACGGCAGCCAUCUUGCUUCCCCAGCUCAACAACCUACACGUGGGCAACACGCCUCUGAAGCCACCCAUUUAGAGGCCAGACUCUGUUUUUAGGGUCACUGAAAACAAAAUAUUCUUUUGCCAACGAAUGUGUCAAUAAAUGAAUCGUGCCAAAAUAACUGUGCCACAGUAUGAUUAAUUGUUUCCAAGAAAAAUAUUUAUAUAGGCCUCAAUCGCAUACGAUGACAUGCUGAAAGUGAUUUUAGUAGGUAUGUACUUAUUUACCUAAGUUUUAUAUUAAGUUACUUGUAUCACAGAAAACGGACGAAGACGUUUUUCGGUAGAAAAACAAAAAGUGCGAAAUAUAGCUGUUAUGGAAGUUCUUAUUCGUCUUGGCAGAUAAAUGCAAGGUGAGCCAAACCUUUUUUAUGAAACGUGACAUAUUUUGUACGGCCGGUAACUAAAAUGUUUGUCGUCGCUGCUUCCAAAUCCAAUUAUUUGUGAAGGGGAGAGGUAGACUUAGCGGCAGUUCAAAUUUAAAUAUGAAUGUUGACUGUCUAUGAAAUAACGCGUAAAGUAGGCACUGAAGUUAUUUAGGUUUAAGUAUGGGCGAGUACCCAUAAUUAUAGAUGAACAAUCUGUAUUUUAUACGAAAUAUAAUGUUUUCUUUUUUAUAUAUUGAACCUAA